AUGAGCUCGGAGAAGGGAAAUGUGUCGCGCACGCGGCCCCAGCGCUACCAGAACGCGCGCGCCUUCAAGAACGACAAGUACGACACGAGCGCGCGGCGCAAGAAAAUAAAUGCUAAGCUUCAUGAUGGAGUGUGCCAGCACUGCAAAGGUAUCUUGGAGUGGCGGGUAAAAUUCAGCAAGUACAAACUGCUAUCAAAACCAAAGAAAUGUGUAAAGUGCCUCCAGAAAACUGUAAAAGAUCCUUACCAUAUUAUUUGUCGACCAUGUGCUGGUAGAUUAGAGGUCUGUGCUAAAUGUGGGAAAGAAGAAGAAAUAGUUAUUCCGAUUGAUAAAGAACAAGACAGAACUGAAAGUGUGAUUACUAAAAAUGACCGAGAAAGCAGUGGAUUGGAGGAUGAGCUGGAUUUUAAUGCAAACUUCAGUAGUGCAGAAAGUGAUGAAGAUUCUGUUGUGCUUGAAGAACAGUUCAGAAGUUUGAAUUUUGAAAGGACAGAGGCCUAAAACAUUGAGUUUAUGUAAGUGAUUAUAUGCAAUUAAAAGCAGUUAAGCAAUGUUAAACUGUUCUGAACUGUUCUGAAAAUCUGUUCUGAAACUUAAACUGUUCUGAGAAGCUGAUUUGACAUCUGAGGUCCUUGCAUAUAAAUGUUGACACUGUAUAAUUUGGGGUUUGAAUAAAUUAUUUUUUUGUUUGGUAAUAAGAACAGAAUUUCUUGUGAAAAUAUUCAGAAAUUGAGUUUUAAAGCAUAGUUAUUUCUCACAUACAUGUAAUAACUUCCUGUUUCUCUGGAAUAAACCCUCUGUUGUUGUUCCAAAUUCAGUAUUACAUGACUGUUUAAUGUCACUUGGAAAUCUACAUGGAAGUCUACAAUAAAUACAGAGUCUUCUCAUAAAAAGAAAGAGCUAAGCCAGCUAUAAUAAUAUGCUGAAGAAAGAAGUUGCAAAUUCUGUCAAUGAAUUUCCAAACAGAGUCAAAACAGCAAGUGGUCAUUAUCCUUAUGCCUGCUGUUUCUUUUCUGUGCAAAUAGAAGAGGGCCUAAAUGCUAUCACCAGUACAGUUCUUGAGCAGCUAAUACUAAUUUACCAUAUACAAGUAUACAUUACGAAUUUGUGACCUUGUUAGUAACAAUGUUUUGAAAAGAAGAAACCUGAAGACUUCUUGGAAUUUCUCAAUACAGGUCUCUGUCAUACUCACUUUUCUUUUGGCUGCAGAUCUAAUAAAGUUUUCUCAGAUAUGAAGACAUGCAGUAUAAUGGUGCCUAUACAGUUACUCUCUUCCUGAUUUUCAGCUCUUUCUAAGGGUGUUUCACUGUGGCGAAAUACCAAAACUUUGUCCUAUGGGUAGAGAUAGCCACCUUGUGGCUGCUGUAGUUGCCCUGAAUUUUAAGAAAGAAUACAGUUGCUGUAUCUUCUGGAUAUAUGCUAUAUCUUCAGCUAUAUAUCUGGAGUACUAAGACAUUCUGCAGUCAAUAGCUUCUGACAUAAGGGAUAACUUUAUUAUAUAGUAUUGACAAUAACAAGCAACAGGAAAAUUCA